AAACGUGAAGUGGCGCUCUCCUUGUCCUUGUCCUUGUGGUGGCGGAUGCAAAGAAAACCAUGCUGAUUCUAAAAUCUAAAUACAGGAUCGAUUCGUAGCAGUGAAGAAGCAAAUGGGAGCAUCAGAUUCAACUCUGCUAGGCGCUCAGGAAAAUGGAGGUGGAGAUGUGAUUACGACCAUCUCGCAUCGAUCCGAAACAGUCGAUCCCAUUCUCGAGAAUUUGAAAUCCCUCACAGUUAGUAGGCCAAUAUUGAAGUCGCCUCCCACGGAGAGCAGCUUAACGGACAUCUUAGUGAGAAAAGCUCUGUCGAGUUCAUCUUCCAAUACGGUUGAUCCUCAAAUACUUGUAGAGCUCUUCUCCAUUUACCGAGAAUGGCAAGAAAGCAAAGCUCAACAAAUCACCAAGACACAGGAAGAUAUAGAAAACAAGAUAGAAGUGGCAGAUGCUUUGGCGACUAAACUCUUACAGAGGUUCAACUACUCUGUUUCUGCAAUGAGGACAACUUCCCAGCAUUUAUCUCAAGUUCAUGGUUUGCAGGUGGAGCUCGGGGAGCUUAAAGGAAGGUUAACAGAAGUGAUCAACAACUGCGAUACAUUAUGUAAGCGAAUUAAUUCUGAAGGACCUGAAUCUCUAAGGUCCACAGUGCCGCCUUUUUCUCUUGCAUCACCUGAUUCAGUCAGUAUUAACACUACUACUCUGUCUUCUAAACAAGAUGCAUAAGAGUAAAUACUCUGAACAAUAGGUAGAUUGGUGAAUCAGAAUAUGUCUAGAUUUAUACUAUAUUUUCUGAUCUCAUUUUGAGUUUGCAUAGAUGCAUGAUGAUGAUGCUAUUGAUUGAUCUCUUUUGUUGUGGAUCUUUAUUUCGUUUUUCAUUUCAUCUUUUAGGCUUUCAUAUUUUAUACAUCAUUACAUUGGUUUA